UUUGCAGUUAAUAGUCUGCUUGUCAACUAUAUACUCACAAUAUUCCGAUCCACGCCGUACUCAGGCUCAGUUGAACGGUUUCAUGGACCCAAAUCAAGCAAAUGGACGACGCUUCUCACCCAAUAGACAGAAUUCUAUGCUUAAUUCUUUCAAUCGAGGCCAAAGCAUGCCCGAACCGGAGGUAGAGCAACCAAAGGGAAAGAGUCGCGAGUUUCUUAUCCGCUCCCAUGAGAUACUUGCGGACAAUGCACGGCACUUGUGUCGGACUUGGGUGCCUCCCGAAAUAAUAGAAAGGUACCCCUAUGCGAAUAUCAUUCAGCCGGAUCAAUCAAAAAAACUCACACUCAUUGAAGUCUGUUGCACUGGGUACUAUGCGAUGCGAUCAAAUGGGGUCACCUAUUGCCGUCCCAUAUGCAGUUGUCAGAAUGGUUCAUGCCGUGUGGCCGGCGAUUGCAAUUGCUACCAAGGAUUCGUGAAGAAUGACAAUGGCGAUUGUGUUUUCACCUGUCCAUUGGGUUGUCAGAAUGGGCGAUGUUAUCUCGACGGCAGUUGCCUUUGCGAUCCCGGCUUCAAGCUAGAUGAAAGUCGUCGUUUCUGUCGACCCAUUUGCAGCAAUGGUUGCGGCAAUAAUCCGCGACACAAUUGCACAGAACCUGAGGUCUGUGGCUGUGCCACGGGUUUUCAGUUAACCGAUGAUGGCUGCCAACCAGUAUGUGAUCCAGGUUGCGGCAUCGGUGGUCUUUGCCGAGAGAACAAUGAAUGCGAUUGCGGGGCAGGAUAUCAGUUAAAAGAUGGUGUCUGUCAAACGGACUGCUAUCAAAAAUGCAGCAAUGGCAUUUGUGUCAGUCGUAAUCGUUGCAUUUGCGAUCCAGGAUAUAGUUAUCAUGAACAAUCUACAAUGUGUGUCCCGAUUAAAAAGAAUUAGCAACAAAUUUUUUACGAUUGUCCAUUUAUAAAACAAUA